UUGGUGGCCUCACGCUAGAAAAAAAAGUACUCCUGGCUAAACAAAUUGUUCAUUGCCCUUGACAUAGUUUAUUAUUAGGGAUUCGGCCUAGCGAUCCAGUGUCGUGAGCUGAGCUCUGUUGUUCUGCAUCUUAAACCCUAAACCCCUUUCUUCUUCCCGAUUUGUCAUUUUUUUCCUUUGAUUUUGUUUCUAGAGAAUCGAAUCAGUUAUGAAUUCAAUACUCCGAAGGAGCAGUAGAAGUACUACUCUUCUACUUCUCCAACACCAUCUUCAGUCUUCUUCUUCUUCUUCUCGAUUUACACCAACAUUUAAUCAGCAAAACCAAUUUUUCUCUACUUUUUUACUGGGAAAUAGAGUGUCAUCCAAAUUAAACCCCAAUUAUAGUGUAUCAAAAGAAAAGUCAAUCUUAAACCAAUUUCGAUUCUUAGCCUCUUCCUCCUCCUAUUUUGCUGCUUCCGAUUCUAUAAAUCUCGAUGCUACCGAGAGACUAAAACAAGUCAUCGAAGAAGAACUGGAAAGUGUCGAAGCUAUGGCUGAAGUUGAUCGCCACAGUAAUCAGGGUGAUGAUACUCUUGAGUUGCUGCUAGACCCAGAGGAAUGCCCGUUUGAGGUGGUUGACAAUCCCGGUGAGCAGACAAUCAUCUUGAAACGGAUGUUUGGAGAUAAUGAGAGUAUCCAAAUCGAUGUUGCUAUGCCAGGAGGAGAGGACGACUUAGACGGUGAUAACGAGGAUAGUGAUGAUGUUGAUGAGGAUGGUCAUGAUGGCAAGGGUGAGCAUGAGUUUAGUAUCCCUAUGAAGGUGACUAUAAGCAAAGGAGAUGGACCUUCUUUGGAGCUUUGUUGCUUUGGCAUUCCAGACGAUAUAGACAUUUAUAGCAUUUCAUUGACGAGGCCUGAGUUUUCCCCUAAUCAGAUCCCUUACAAGGGUCCAGAAUUUCUGGAUUUGGAUGAGAAUUUACAAGCAUCUUUCGGAGAGUAUCUGGAAAUGAGAGGGAUUGAUGGCUCUUUGGCAAAUUACUUGCACAAGUACAUGAUGAAGAAACAAGGGAAAGAGUACAAGGAAUGGUUGAAGAGCAUGAAAGAGUUUGUUGAGAGCUGAGAAUUACAUACUCUUAAGAUUUAAAAGAAGUGUUUUGGGACAGGGUAUGUAUGCUUUUCUCUCUCCUUCUAGAAUACUUAUACUUUGGUAUAUGUUUCAGUGUAGUAUAAGGUUAGUUUUGAUGUCUAAAUGCUGCAGAAGUAUCCAGUUCGGUAACUCUAUUUCUGGCUAGUUAUUCACUUUUCUGGAAAGUUAUGUGAAAAUGAUAAAUGUUCAGAAUAUUGCAAGUCCAUUUUCUGGAGAGUUAUGAGAGUAUGCAUUUUCAUUUUUCUGAGAUUUUAUUUUUGACAGAAUAUUGCAAGUCCAAUUUAUAACAAAGUUAAUUGUACUUGAGCACUA